UCAAGAUGGGUGAAAUGAUCAAAGGCAGACGCAUACUCCUCUUCUCCAUCAUAUUGCUCUUAUUUUUCUCUCAGACGUUUCUUUUGUGUUCCGCUAAUGAGCAUGGCUCAAGGAACCUCGCAGUAGUUAUGAAGAAAAGGGUGAGAUACAGAGGACCUCGCAAUACAACAACCUCCUCAGCUCCAACUAUGAUGUCGCCAAGUUCCUUAUAUAUUGGUGCUGCUUCUUCUUUCCUCCUCGCUCUUCUUUUGUAAGCUCCGUUGUGGUGAUCAUGAUCAUACUGUUUCACACAAUUAUUUAUGUAAAUUUAAUUUGUUUUCUUCUAUACGAUUGGUUUUGUAAAAAAGUUUAAUGCAUGGUGUAACAAAACUCUGUUUUGUA